UUGAUUUCGUAUGAUAAUUAGUAUUACAAGUAAAUAAACAAUACAGGUCACUUACUUACUUUCCGAUAAACAUGCCUUAUCUACGGUUGCAGAACAGUUUGAUAAUUGGUAGGGAAAUCACUUUAAGAAUCGUUUUGUGGAUUUAUUUUCCUUUUCUGGUUGUGGAAUAGAAUGGAUGAUAAAGAAGAUAAAUAUGAUUAUAGUGUAUCCCCAAAAUAUGAUGAAGGUAUCAUUGCUGUUGAUAUUGCAAACAAUGUUUUAGUAGAUUCUGUGACAACAAUGCCACAAACAGCAAUUUCUUCAAACAUAAUAGAGGUGGAGGAAAGCAAUGGCAAAGAUGAAGACUCAAGUAAGUUAACGUUGGCCUAUGAGCGAUUAUAUGAAAUACCAAGAACAAUAGUUGAGAAGUUUUCCAACUAUGUCCAGUACUUGGAUAUCAGUCAUAAUAAGAUUACAAAUUUAGAGCCUCUUGUUCACUUCAAACACCUUACAUCACUGAUAGCAGAUGACAACCCUGUUACAGAGAAUUGCUUUCUACCACCGUUACCUAAACUGGAGUUGUUAUGGCUUAAUUAUUGUAAAAUAGCAUCCCUGUAUCCCUGGGUGGGGAAAUUGAAGGAGUCAUGUCCAAAUUUACAAUAUCUAUCACUUAUGGGGAAUCCCGCCGCGCCUAGUUACUUCAAUGGUGGUACUUUUUAUGAGUACUUGCAGUAUAGGCUAUUUAUAAUAUCCCAAUUCCCUUCCCUCAACCAUCUUGAUGACCGCAAAAUUACAGAAGACCAAAGGGAGGAAUCGCACAGAUUAUACAAAAGACCACUCUUACAGAGAAUAGGCCGUCCCAACACUAGUAUAUCCAAUUUUAUGAAUAGCUCUGUGUCCUGGAGUAAUGUACAGAGUAAGUUGACGUUUUUAUGGGGAAAUAGAGAAGGUAGAAACCUCUUAAUAUGAUUUUAUCACUAUAGGCAAUAAUAGUAAUUCUUAUCUACCUAUCAAAUUACUAGGAAUAAGAUUUUUAAGUAAUUCAAUUUAAAAAAUCAAAUGUAUGUAUUUAAAGUUACUGGCUGAGGCGCCAGUUCUCACUUGAGGAUGUAUGAUUUGGCAUAAAGGGCACAAAUUAGAGUCGAGACAGAGUAAACAAUGACACCAGUAUGUCAAAAUUCAAUAAGUUUUUGACACACGGGAGAUUGCUCUAGUCUCCUUGAAUGUUGCCAGAAUUUAAUUAAUACUACAUAAAAUAAAUCAAUUUGUACUUUUUGUUUAUACUAGACUUUAGUAUAGUGAGAUAAUAUCAUCGAAUUUAUAUUAAAAUUAACUAGUAAUUUCUUAAGAGAUAUUCAAGUUGUGUAUGUUUUAAUAGCCUAAAUAAAAAUAAUAAUAAUAGUUUAAUUAACAUAUAGGCCUGUCCUUAGCUCUCCUGUCAAAUGGCAUCAACGGUCUUCCUAUAUGACCAAGUUAGAGUUCACAUUGUACCUUCAUAAGAUAUACAUUACAAAUAUAUAUAUUAUGUUAAAUAAAUAAACUGUUGAAAAUAAA